ACAAGUACUGCUUCCACUGCUUCACAGUCACAAUCACAAUCACAGUCAAAGCCACAACCAAAGUCACAAUCAAAGUCACAAUCAAAUUCCAGAGACUUGAAAAAGACGCCUUCAUUCAGGACUAGAGCCAGAGCCAUCAUGCUAUCGUCUUCCAAGUCACACUACAAUCCAACAAACUAUUCCAACAGAUCCAUUCAGUCCACUUCCAAUGCUUCCAAUGCUUCCAAUAGAUCACUCAACUCCUUCUCCAAUCAUUCCACUACUAGUACCAAUGCUUCCUCCUUCAGACUCAGGAGAACAAACACCAGAGCUUCACUACUCCAACAGCAACAUCAAAACCAUCCAUCCAAUGACUCGUCCAGGUCAUUGGGAUCCAAUACCAGCAACAGAAGAAGUCACUCUUGGAGAAACCUCACCAAAUCAAGGUCUUUCAGAACCAACAACAGUAACGCAUUCACGAGCAGAGCUGACUCUUCUGCAUCUCUUGGAUCCUAUUCCAAAUCAAGACAGAGAAACAGAAACAAGAGAAACAGCUUCACGAGAAACUCGUCCUUCUCCUCCAAAACGUCACCUGCCAAUUCCUCUCAGCCGAAACCACAAACAAAACAACCACAGCAUCAACAGCAACAGCAACAGCAACAGCAACAUCAUCUGUAUAGACCCGUCCCACACUAUUACUCGUCCUUCGUUUCCUCUUCGCCAUCCAAAGUAUUGCUGCACACUCAGCAAUCCUCAAGCAACAACAACAACAACAACAACAACAACAACAAUAAACAAAAGAGCAAACUCAAGGCGUGCAUGGAAACACUAUGGGACGUUCUUGUCAUCGCAUGCUUGAUCAUGGGAUUUCUAGUGCUACUAGCACCAUGGUAUUCGUUGCCUUCUCCGCCAAAGACUUACAGCGCCACAACCGCCACAACCGCCACAGCAUUCAGUACUACUACUAGUACGACUAGUACCACCACCACGGUCACGACAACGACAAACACAGGAAUGACGACCGACAGUACCGCUACAAACAGUCAUCAUGAUCAACAUCAACAACAAUCACCAGUCACUCCUGUCACUCUACUGCAACAACAUGACAUGCCCUUUCGAGAUCCAUAAGAGGUACUCGAACUGGGAUCGUAAUCCACACGACGUACUUACGUUUCGACUGCAUGCUCUAGUAGUAGUAGCUGGCCAUUCCUUGCAAAUGAACUGCAAUGACGACCACCAGCUAUUCAAUCAACAGUACUGGUAUAGUCGAGGACGUUGUGCCAUUCGUACUCGAACAGAAAGUCGUUUCUGCCCAAGGAUAAUUCGAAAGAAUCAAACCAACCAACCAACCAACCAAUCAAGUGCGCACUGUACGUGUAUUACUUGAAAAUUUAGCAACCAAUUUUGUAUUAGACAUUUCCAUGCGCGUCCUCGUCCUGUCGG